AUGGCCAAAUCCGACCACACCGAGCACCUUGCCCUGCCUCACCAAGACGAGAGGAGACGCACUUCGGUCGUUGAUACUCCUGCAUUUGCUGAGCACGGCCCCUUGGUCGACCACAAGGUCCCCCAGGCCGACGUUGUGCAACAGGAACCAGAUUUGGCCUGGAGUCGAAUUCGACAUUACCUCAGAGAGCCGUUCUCAGAGUUCUUUGGAGUCUUCAUUCUCAUCUUGUUUGGUGAUGGUGUCGUUGCACAGGUAGUUCUGAGCAAUGGUGAAAAGGGUGACUACCAAUCUAUCUCUUGGGGAUGGGGUCUUGGUGUUAUGCUUGGUGUUUAUUGCAGUGGCAUUUCCGGAGCCCAUCUGAACCCUGCGGUGACACUCGCCAACUGCAUCUUCCGCAAAUUCCCAUGGCGAAAAUUCCCUGGCUACAUGCUCGCUCAAGUUUUGGGCGCCAUGGCUGCCUCGGCGAUCGUCUAUGCCAACUACAAGUCAGCAAUUGAUGUGUUCGAAGGUGGGGCGGGUAUUCGAACGGUCGGCCUCGAAACUUCCACUGCUGGCAUCUUCUGCACCUACCCUGCUCCAUUCAUGACCAAGACUGGUCAAUUCUUCUCCGAAUUCAUCGCCAGUACCCUCUUGAUGUUCCUUAUCUACGCUUUGAAGGAUGACGGAAACAUCGGUGCCGGCCCACUCACCCCUCUAUGCCUGUUCUUUGUCAUUUUUGGCAUCGGUGCUUGUUUUGGUUGGGAAACUGGCUAUGCGAUCAAUCUUGCCCGUGAUUUCGGACCAAGAUUGGUAUCAUAUAUGAUCGGCUACGGUCAUGAGGUAUGGUCUGCAGGAGGUUACUACUUCUGGGUGCCUAUGGUAUCACCAUUCUGUGGCUGCGUUUUUGGCGGAUGGCUGUAUGACACCUUCCUGUUCACUGGAGAGUCACCAAUCAACACACCAUAUAUGGGCCUGCAGCGUCUAGUUCAGCCCAAGCGAUCAGUGUGGUCGAACACUUAUGCUGACAGCAACGUGUGA